AUGCACCUGCACCUCGGCAUCAGCCGCGGCCACGGCCACGGCCGGCCGCACGGGCGCCACAGCGCUGCCGAGCCCCCUCGGUGCCCCGCGACGCCGAGCACCGCCGUGCCGAGCUUCGACUGUGACCUUGCCCAGGAGCCCGCGGCGUCCCCAUCCCCGCCCGCGACCCUCGCCGUCGAGCAGGAGCUCCGCGCCCUCGCCGCGCAGAGCCCCAACCCCGCGAUGCCGUCCUCGCACCGGAACCGCCCGCCGCGUCGAGCUCCUGUGCACGACCUCGCCGAGCCACCGCAAGCGAAGCCUCGACGCAGUCCUCGUCGUGCCACCACGAGCGUGUCGCCCCUCCGCGACGUCCUCGCCGUGGUCUGCUCCGAGCCCGGCUAUCCCCGACGCCCCGGUCUGCCUCUGCGUCGAGCCGUGCCACCAAGCCGACCGCGGCUCCGAGCUCGCCGCGGUCACCAACCCAACCCUGUCCGCCACGACGACGUGCCCCGACGAUGCGCAUGGACCUCGCUGUGGUGCGCGACGUCGAGCCGAGCCAGCACCGCGAGCUCUCCCCCGAGCUCCUUCCUGCUCAUGCGCCAGAGCCGCUCGCCGCGCCAAGCUUCGUCCUGUCCUCGCCACGGUCACCAGGAGCCCGUGCCGCCGUGCCAUCGAGAGCCAGAGACGACGGCGCCCUCACCUUGA